AUGCAUUUCAUCAAGAACAUCCUACUCCUGGUCACCUGUGUCACUACGGUUUUCUCGGUUGCCAUUCCCGAAACCAACGAUGCCGACCUGGAGUGCAAAGAUCUCGGUGGAAAAAUGAAGGUUCUUGAUAUCGACCUUCCUGUCGGCGUGACUCAGGCGGAUGUGCGCAAAUGCGAAGGACACCCUCUCGCUCAUAACUUCAAUAGUGGUGGGGAUUCCUCUGAGGCCCCCGUGAACGUGAAUGAGAACCAAAACUCUACUCAGGUCCAGACUCGGUCUUCCCUUGAAGAAUCUGCCGCACAGAGAUGUUACAAGAAGGCACCUUAUGGCUGCGAUGGUGGUUAUUGCUGGAAGUCUUGCGGAGACAAGAACAAGGGAGAAUGGUGUUGGACAGCGAAUAAAGGUGGAGCCAUUUCGCUCUUUACUCCUAUGGCCCUUUCAAUUGGAAAAUGA